AUGAUGGUCGACGAAAAUUAUGUUAAGAAUAACUUUAGCGGUAAGGAAAGCUUCUUUGCAGUAUCUAACCAAAGAUGUUUUUUUCUUGAGCAACUGAACAACUACGAUUUCGGAGAACUUCUCUACGUUGAAAGCGUUGUCACUAUGGUGGUAAAUUUUAUCGGCGCUAUUAUAGCCAUCUCGGGCAAUGUCGUCAUCCUCUUAACGUUUUGGAAAUCGAAUCAGCUUCGAUCGCAAUCCCAACUGUUUAUCUGGUGCUUGGCAUUUGCAGACUUUCUCACUGGGUUGAUAGUACAGCCGUUUUAUGGAGCCUACAAAAUAGCUUACAUGGUCGGCCAUUCUUCUGCUUCUUGCGUACUGAGAGUGAUUUUUGAGACGGUUGCUUGGUUUUCAGCAGCGUUGUCCUGUUCACUGGUUUCAUCCAUCAUUGGUGAGCGUUACCUGGCUUUGCAUUAUCACAUGCGAUAUCAUGAUGUGAUAACCAAGGACAAGAUCGUGCUUUACAUCGUAUAUCUGCUCGUCGUAACUGCGAUUUUAAGUCUGUCGAGGUUCACUACGACAAAUGUAGCGCCAUUUUUGUACAUCAACGUUUGUGGAUUGCUGUUAAGCCUUUUGACUUUAUUAAUCUGUUACUGGAAAAUCUACAAAGUGGUUCGCCGACAUUUUCAGCAAAUAAGAGACCACAAUUCAACAAGAGGGAGCGGUCAAGCAGCCAUGGAUAUGCAGCGAUUUAAGAAAUCAGUGAUUAACAUGGCAUACGUUACUGUUUUGUACAUGAUUUCGUACAUUCCGUUUACCUCUGUUCUAUUUGCUUAUCUGUGCCAUGGCUUUACCGCAAAUGUCGAGGCUGCUUAUGAUAUCACUCGUACCAUGGCUUUUAUGAAUUCUUCGUGGAACCCGUUUCUAUAUUUCUGGAAAAUACACGAGUUGAGAGAAGCAGUCAAAAAGGUUUUGAAGCGCGGUGAUCCCUCAACAUUGAUUGAAAGCCCUACUAGUAACCACUCGUUGUGA